GUAUAUGGAAUCUGGGUCAGCUGUAGCUGCUUAGUGCACUUCUGCAUGUGAGAGUAAAACACUGCCGUUUCAAAAGCCAUUUCUUUCUCUCUUCUGGAAAAAAAUAUACUGGAACAUUACUUUUUUUUUUUUUAAAGGAUUAGUUAGCUCGGUUAUCGUAUGGAGAAAUCCAAUUCCUCAAUCCAGCCUGGAUCUAACAGAGAAAGACAAAAGCAGUUUUCAACUCCAACUGCAGAUUAGCCACCCCCAGCACCGGGUAAUAUAGGAAGACAAAGCAAGUUGGCCUCUGGAUUUUCCAUCUCCCACAGAAGCAAAACAGCUGGAAGAUUUUUUGCUUGUGUCUUCUGACAGUCAUCAUACUUACUUGAAAAUGAAGAUAUUUAAAUGGACUUUGGGUGUACUACUGUUCCUGCUAUUAUCUAUUGGGCGCUGUACAGAACAAUCUACGCCUAACAAAACAUCCCAACGGAGGCACACUCGUUCAGCGGAUGGAGAGGAAGGGAAGAAAUGUGGUUACACGUUCUUGGUCCCAGAACAAAAAAUCACAGGGCCAAUUUGCGUGAAUACUAACGGACCAGGUACUGGUAACCGAAAAGAUGAAGUCACAAGAAUGGACAUCGAGAACUUGAAGGAUGUCCUGUCCAAGCAAAAGCGGGAGAUUGACAUUUUGCAAUUGGUAGUGGAUGUGGAUGGAAACAUUGUGAAUGAAGUGAAAUUACUGAGGAAAGAAAGUCGUAAUAUGAACUCUCGGGUCACCCAACUCUACAUGCAGCUCCUGCAUGAGAUAAUUCGAAAGCGUGACAACUCACUUGAGCUUUCCCAACUGGAAAACAAAGUCCUUAAUGUUACAACAGAAAUGCUGAAGAUGGCAACAAAAUACAAGGAGCUUGAAGUAAAAUACGCAGCACUAACUGACCUUGUAAAUAAUCAGUCUGUGACUAUCUCGCUGCUGGAAGAGCAGUGCUUGAGAAUCUUCUCCCGACAGGACACCCACGGGUCUCCACCUCUUGUUCAAGUUGUGCCGCAGCACAUCCCUAACAGCCAGCCAUACACUCCCGUUCUCCUGGGAGGUAACGAGAUACAGCGAGACCCCGGCUACCCCAGAGACAGGGAAGUCAGGCCACCGCCCGACCCAGCUACUUCUCCUACAAAGAGUCCUUUCAGAGUACCACCACUGGCUUUAAUUAACGAGGGUCCGUUCAAAGACUGCCAGCAAGCCAAGGAAGCUGGGCAUUCCAGCAGCGGGAUUUACAUGAUCAAACCUGAAAACAGCAAUGAGCCGAUGCAGCUAUGGUGCGAGAACAGCCUGGACCCUGGAGGAUGGGCGGUUAUUCAGAAGAGGACAGAUGGAUCUGUGAACUUUUUCAGGAACUGGGACAGUUACAAGAAAGGAUUUGGAAACAUUGAUGGAGAGUACUGGCUGGGACUAGAAAAUAUUUUCAUGCUCACCAACCAGGAUAAUUACAGACUAUUGAUUGAGUUAGAAGACUGGAGCAAUAAGAAAGUCUAUGCAGAAUACAGCAGUUUCCGCCUGGAGCCCGAAAGCGAAUUCUACAGGCUGCGCUUAGGAACGUACCAAGGAAACGCCGGCGAUUCCAUGAUAUGGCAUAAUGGAAAGCAGUUUACAACACUGGACAGAGACAGGGAUAUGUAUUCAGGAAACUGCGCUCACUUUCACAAAGGCGGCUGGUGGUACAAUGCCUGUGCCCACUCCAACCUGAACGGGGUGUGGUACAGAGGAGGUCACUACAGGAGCAAGUAUCAGGAUGGAAUUUUUUGGGCUGAGUACCGGGGAGGUUCGUACUCCUUGAAAGCAGUUCAAAUGAUGAUCAGACCUAUAGACUGAGGAGGAGAAUCCCACAGUGCUCAAGUGAUCGCGUAUCAACUUCUCAGCGCUUGAGUUCCAGACAAAUAAAAUCUUUACUUUUUAAUCA